CACGAUUAAAUUUUAAAUUCUUAUUGAAGAACAUAACACCAUUGCAAUUGCAAUCUAUUUAAUCUAUAAUCCUUUAAGCCAUCACAAAACCGUUUACUACGAAUUUUGUUUUCUUUUGAGUAAAUAAAAUAAUUCACAAGUUUGGGCAACAAAUUGUCGCCGUCGACCGCUACCCUGGGAAAAAUUAUGAACUUGUGUUCCUCUGCAGGUGCUACAGCAUCGUCAACGUCAUUAGCAUCCGCGGGUAAAACAGUAAGUGAAAGUACAACAUCGGCAGGCACUGGCGGUGGCGGUGCUUUGACAACACAUUGUUUUGGCAGUGGCAGCAGUUGUGCUGCCGCCCAUCCAUCAUCCACAAACACAACAACAAUAACACAUCCAACACACAGUGGCACUGGUAACAAUAACGAAAUGCCACCCGAAACGCGUCCUAAAGUUGUAACUGUCAAACAUCCAGAAUCGAAUAAACCCAAACCUACAACUAAAAAAAGCAAACCACAGCAAGCAGACCAGGAUGUGGUGAAAGCGCUACAGCGUUGCAGAGAUGAAGGCAUUAAACGUUUGGAUCUUAGUAAAUCAUCAAUAUUCAUAAUACCACCAUGCGUUAAAGAUUGCACACACCUUACCGAACUUUAUCUGUAUAGCAACAAAAUAAGUCAACUGCCCACAGAAAUUGGUUGUUUAGUUAAUUUGAAAACACUUGCACUCAAUGAAAAUAUACUCAAUUCGCUGCCAGAAUCCUUACAGAACUGCAAACAAUUAAAGGUGCUGGAUUUAAGGCAUAAUAAACUUGGAGAAAUUCCGGCAGUCAUAUAUAAGUUGCGUUCGCUAACAACGCUUUACUUGCGUUUCAAUCGUAUUACCGCCGUAACUAUUGAUAUACGUAAUCUUACCAAUCUGACUAUGUUGAGUUUGCGUGAGAAUAAGAUACGUGAGCUGGGUGCAUCAAUAGGUGCUUUAGUAAAUUUGACUACACUGGAUGUAUCACACAAUCAUCUGGAACAUCUACCUGAAGAAAUCGGUAACUGUAUAAAUUUGAGCGCAUUAGAUUUACAACACAAUGAGCUACUUGAUAUACCGGAAACAAUUGGUAACCUAAAAAAUUUAGUGCGUUUGGGAUUAAGAUACAACCGUUUAACAUCUAUACCCACAUCAUUGAAAAAUUGUAAAUGCAUGGAUGAAUUUAAUGUGGAAGGCAAUGGCAUUACUCAACUACCAGAUGGAUUACUUGCGAGUUUAAGCGCACUUACAACUAUAACACUUUCACGAAAUUCUUUCCAAAGCUAUCCUACAGGUGGACCAGCACAGUUUACCAAUGUGUAUAGCAUUAAUCUUGAACAUAAUCGUAUUGAUAAAAUUCCCUAUGGUAUUUUCUCACGAGCUAAAGGUUUGACAAAGUUGAACAUGAAAGAGAAUGCACUGACUGCUCUACCACUCGAUGUGGGUACAUGGGUUAAUAUGGUUGAACUGAAUUUGGCCACAAAUGCUUUGCAAAAACUACCAGACGACAUAAUGAACUUACAAAAUCUCGAAAUACUCAUACUAUCAAAUAACUUGCUCAAAAAAAUACCAAAUACUAUUGGAAAUUUGCGCAAAUUACGUAUCCUAGAUCUGGAAGAGAAUCGUAUCGAGGUGUUACCAAAUGAAAUUGGUCUUCUGCAUGAACUGCAAAAAUUAAUUUUACAAACGAAUCAAAUUACGGUAUUACCACGCACCAUUGGACAUCUCAGUAAUUUGACGCAUUUGUCAGUGAGCGAAAAUAAUCUACAAUAUUUACCUGAAGAGAUUGGCUCAUUAGAGAAUUUAGAAAAUCUCUACAUUAAUCAAAAUCCCUGUUUGGAGAAAUUACCAUAUGAAUUAGCGUUGUGUCAGAAUUUGAAAUAUUUGAAUAUUGACAAAUGUCCUUUGGGCACAAUACCACCAGAAAUUCAAGCUGGCGGACCAUCGCUAGUGUUGCAAUGGCUAAAAAUGCAUUCACCUUACAGGCAGAUGUGAGUGGACGAUGGUCAAUGGCGUACU